CGCAACUUUGAGGUCUAACAAUGGCGGGCACCAACAAGAGUUCACUUUUAUCAUCCUUAGCAGCUUACGGAGAUGAUUCUGAGCAAGAAUCAGACCCCGAAACCGACGAAAGAGAAGCUCACGGUGGAUUAGUAUCGGCCAGUUAUGGCGAUGACGACUUCAGCCGUAUGGAAGACGGUGACGAGAAGGGCUCAGCUAACGAGGACAGCGAUGGCAGCACUAGAAACUCGGAAGCCGACGAUUCUGACAUGGGAGACCAUGAUGACUCUAAAGACGCUUCUGUAGAAGAGGCUAAGGAUCCCAACGAACUAGUCGCACAGUUUUCCGAGAAGGUUCGGAACAUGUCUCCGGACGAAAUCCGUAUUCCUCCCGAACCACCAGGUCGCUGUUCCAGUCACCUCCAGGAGAAGAUCUUAAGACUGUACGAACGCAAACUGCAUGGAGACUUUGACACCAACAGUCAUAUUCAAAAGAAGAAAGAGUUUCGCAACCCCAGCAUAUAUGAAAAACUCAUCCAGUACUGUGGAAUCGAUGAACUUGGAACCAACUAUCCAAAGGACAUGUUUGAUCCACAUGGCUGGUCAGAGGAUUCUUAUUACGAGGCAUUAGCCAAAGCACAGAAAGUCGAGAUGGACAAACUUGAGAAGGCCAAAAAGGAAAGAACCAAGAUUGAGUUUGUGACUGGCACCAAAAAAGGCACCACCACUAACGCGGCUGCACCGACCACCAACACAACGACCUCAACGUCGACAGAAGCCCAGAAGAGAAAGAGUAAAUGGGAUUCGGCUGUCCCGGUCACCCUAGCACAGCCAGCACUCUUAACGACGACAGCUACUUUACCGGGAGUCGUGUCUGUCACCACCACCGCCAGUGGUACCAAGACGACAGUUAUUUCAGCUGUGGGAACCAUUCUCAAAAAAGCCAAACAGUGAUGUUUCCUGGAAUUUAAACGGGCAGUGUCGAAUGUCUGUGCGGUUUAUAACGCACAACGGAGAAUUCAAGUACUCGAGUGAAUUACCCCUGCCCCAAGGAGUUCGGAUGUAAACUGGACAGAAGUUUUUUGUUUGUCUGUUUUUUAGUUUUGUUUUGAGGUCUCCGCAGUUUUAAGAUGUCGUCUACAUGACUACGGGCUGUGUUGCAUAUCAGUCAUUCUGUUUGACUUUUUGGCAACUGUGUUUCAUCCUCUACCCGGUAUGAGUUGAGCUCAAAUACAAACGUUAAUGUGAUGCUACCUGGUGACGCUGUUUAAAAAGAACUGCCCGACUGUUUCAAGGGAAAGUGAACGAGAAUCAGUGGACUCAAUAACUGACGCAAAUCAAACGGAACUUGUGUGUUUUAGUCAUGCUCGCGAAGUUGAUACUGACCAAAAGGUCCAUCCACCUACCUGUAGUCUGUAUUUUUCGUUUUUUUCUUUUAGUUUGAUUUUCAUCUUCGAUGUUUGGGGCCUCAGUCUGCUCCAUUCGUCCAAGAAAAAUCUUAAUGUUUCUCAGUAGAACACCCAUCUAGCACUGGAUAGGCUACUGUUAACGUGUUUCGACAUUUAUAUUUCUGUGCGUUUUAUUUCUCUCUUCAGAAAGGUUCUUUAUGAAUGUAUAUAUAUUGCUGAUGACUCUCCUUAAUGCCAUAUUUACAAUUCAGC